UGUGCCUGCCGAGCGCCGAGCCGCCGAUGGCGAUGUCUGCCGCGAGUCUCUGAGGGAUCUCGGGGGCCUGGAGUCGCGGCCGGAGGUCGAGAGUGGACUGCCGGCCGCGUUUCGGAAGCCGCAGGGCGUGAGGGAGGGUGUCGGGCCCGCUCGGAGCCGCCACCGAGAAGGCGGCGGUGGCUGAGAUUCCUCCUGCUAAAGAGAGGAAAUCUCAUCCAAGGCCACAAUGUCACUUCCCAAUUAUCCAGUGCUGCCUGCUUAAGCUAACACUGCCAGAAUCCUGCUCCCUUGGGAGGAAUCAAGCUGACUUGGCAUGAGGUUCCUACCUUCCUGGGGUUGAAAGAAGCGCAACUAUGUCUUCUCUUGAUGACCCAGGGGAAGUGAGGGAAGGCUUCCUGUGCCCUUUGUGCCUGAAGGACCUUCAGUCUUUCUACCAACUUCAGUCACAUUAUGAAGACGAGCACUCAGAAGAUCGUGAUGUCAAAGGACAAAUUAAAAAUCUUGUUCAGAAGGCUAGGAAAGCAAAGAACAAGUUGCUGAAGCGCGAAGGGGACGAUCGAGUGGAGCCAGGGGCCCAAGGAUAUGAGUCAUUCAGCUAUGGAGGGGUUGAUCCUUACAUGUGGGAACCCCAGGAGCUUGGUGCUGUGAGAAGCCAUCUUUCUGACUUCAAAAAACAUCGUGCUGCAAGAAUUGACCACUAUGUUGUUGAAGUCAACAAAUUAAUAAUCAGGCUGGAGAAGCUCACUGCAUUUGACAGAGCAAAUACUGAAACUUCAAAGAUUAGAGCAAUAGAAAAGUCCGUGGUGCCUUGGGUCAAUGACCAGGAUGUCCCUUUCUGUCCAGACUGUGGGAAUAAGUUCAGCAUCAGGAACCGUCGUCACCACUGCCGCCUCUGUGGGUCUAUCAUGUGCAAGAAAUGUAUGGAGCUUAUUGGCCUGCCCUUGGCAAAUAAGCUCACCAGUGCCAGCAAGGACUCCCUGAGCACCCAUACCAGCCCCAACCAGUCACCUAACAGUGUCCAUGGCUCCCGCCGGGGCAGCAUCAGUAGCAUGAGCAGUGUCAGCUCAGUCCUGGACGAGAAGGAUGAUGACCGCAUCCGCUGCUGCAUACACUGCAAGGACAAGCUGCUCAAGAGAGAGCAGCAGAUGGACGAGAAGGAGCACACGCCUGACAUCGUGAAGCUCUACGAGAAACUACGACUUUGCAUGGAGAAAGUUGACCAGAAAGCUCCUGAAUACAUCAGGAUGGCAGCAUCUUUAAAUGCUGGGGAGACAACCUACAGUCUGGAGCAUGCCAAUGACCUUCGAGUGGAAGUGCAGAAAGUGUAUGAGCUAAUAGACGCUCUGAGUAAGAAGAUCUUAACCUUGGGCUUGAACCAGGACCCUUCACCACAUCCAAACACUGUGCGACUACAGAGAAUGAUCAGAUAUUCAGCUACACUAUUUGUGCAGGAAAAAUUACUGGGUUUGAUGUCACUGCCAACCAAAGAACAGUUUGAAGAACUAAAAAAGAAGAGGAAGCAGGACUUGGAACAGAAGAGGACCAUGGAGAGACAGGCUGCUCUGGAGUCCCGACGGAAGCUCGAGGAAAGACAGAGUGGUUUGGCAUCUCGUGCAGCCAAUGGGGAAGUGAGGUCUCUCCGAGGCAUCCCUGCCCCCUUGCGAAAAGCUGAGGGCUGGCUCCCACUGUCAGAAGGUCAGGGACAGAGUGAAGACCCUGACCCUCUCCUCCAACAGAUCUACAACAUUACGUCCUUCAUCAGGCAGGCCAAGGCUGCAGGCCGCACAGAUGAGGUGCGCACACUUCAGGAAAACCUGCGGCAGCUGCAGGAUGAGUACGACCAGCAGCAGACUGAGAAGGCCAUUGAGCUGUCCCGGAGGCAGGCUGAGGAGGAGGAGCUGCAGCGGGAGCAGCUCCAGAUGCUCCGCAAACGGGAGCUGGAACGAGAGCAAGAGCAGUUCCUGGCGGCGGCGGCCGUACACCCACGGACUCGUGCUCUAGACCUCCGAGAAGUCGUCCCCUUCCAGCUGGAGCCCAGCCGAGCACCUCACAGUGAUCUUGCCUGUGUCUUGGAUCAGGACUCCUCCCCGGUUCCGGGCAGCGCUGCUCCCGGGACCCUUUCACCUGGCUGCACUCUAGCACCCAUACGCUUGUGGUCUGGACCCCCAGCGCUUAGCCAGAGCACCGUACCACAGCAAAGUGAAAAGACCUCUCUCAACCCGUUUGAUGAAGAAGACCUCUCUAGCCCUGCAGAGGGUGCUGCCAGCCCUGCUGCUACAGAGACUUUCCUGAGCCCCUCAGCUGCUGGCACCAGAGAAUACAAUCCUUUUGAGGAAGAUGCCGAGGAAGAGGAGGCAGCAGAGUUGGGGGCAGGCAAUCCCUUCACUGACCCAAACAGUCCAGCACCCAACCCCUUUGAUGAGGAUGACCAUCCCAGACCUGCCAGCCCACCUGCCCCUGGAAAUCCUUUUGAAGAGUGCCCCUGCACCAACCCCUUCGAGGUGGACAGUGACAGUGGCACAGAUGCUGAGGAGCACAUCGAAGAGGAGCUGCUCCUGCAGCAGAUUGACAACAUCAAGGCUUAUAUUUUUGAUGCCAAGCAGUGCGGUCGAAUGGACGAGGUUGAGGUGCUGACUGAGAACCUUCGGGAGCUGAAGUGUACCCUGGCUAAGCAGAAGGGAGGCCCUAACUGAUGGCAGUGGGCCAGUACCAGGCAAAGUCUUGGGCAGCAGGGUACCAAGGGGGAGGAGGAGAUGGGUGGGCAUCUGAUGAUGCCAGCGGUGAGGUGGGGAGCAGUAGUCUCCUGUUGCUGUGCACUGUGAGGCAUUUCCACUACAGUUGAACAAAAACAGGAAACAAAUCAGCACUCGCUUGCUGGUUUUUCUGUAUUAUUUUUUUAACAAAGCAUUCCCUUUUCAGGGAACUUUACCAUUUUAUUUCCAAGAUACAGCUCAGUGCAGCUCUGUUGGGCCAAGGUAGAAAGGGCUCCUGGGCACCUCUUGGUCUCUUUUCUGCUGACUGUUCUUGGUCAUGAUGCAGUAUUAUAGGUCAGCCUUUGGUGAGCCCCUUCCUGUAGCCAAGACAGGUAGGGGCUCUGGCAGAAGUCUGUCCCAGUCUGGCUGCUCCCUUUCACUGCCUUCUUGCUGGGGCUGUCUCCUGGACACUUAGGAGAAGCUGCUAUGAAGGGCGGUCUGGACCCAAGGCGACCAGUGGAUGGUGGGGAUGUUGUGAGUAUUGUCCCCUCCCAGUUAAAGGAAGGAAAGUUUCCAAGUGCAGGGUGUCACUGUGAGCUUGAUUAGGAGAUAGGCUUUUUGGUGGAUGUUAUGGUUUGGAGAAGUUUCUACCUGAACAGUUGUCUGUCCAUGGAAACCUCUUUCCAGGGCUUUGGCGGAAUGACCAAAGGUUAUAUUGAAGGGCCUGUGGUGUGAUUUGGGAAUCUGACCAGAAAGCUUUUGUGGAGUAUUGGCAUCAGAUGGAAUUCUGAGUCAGCUCCCCAGUCAGCCUUCACUGUGGUUCAUCCUGACCUGGGAAACUGGGCAGAUGUUUUCUUACUGCUUUGAGUACUGAGAAACAGAGAUAUUUGAUGCACAGCCUCUGAUCAUUCCACAGUCCUGAAGUACUUGAACUCUGAUAGGGACAGAAAGGGAAGUUACGUAGCUUAGUGCUUAGUUUACAGGAACAGAGGGGUUGACAGAUGACUGUAAGAUCCUGGUGUGCUCAGCUUUGCAUAAUCUCUCCAGUGAUACUCUUUAGUUAAUGGACAGUAACUGACCACUAGUCCCUUUCUGCCUUAGCCAAGGCUUCUGUUGGUGAUUGGCACAUGAGCUGAAAUUCUUCCGUCACAUUCUGGUGAAAAUCCAUCUUGGCGGUAAGAGUGGCAUCUAGGUGCAAAGAACUUUGUUUUGGCAGCUGUUCAUUAGUUUAGUACCUGUUGGGGCUUUGACUGGGUAGGAAGUCCUGUUUGGGGAUGUGGGAAGGGCUGAAGGGGGAGGGUAAUGGAGGACCCUUUGGGUUCUGUCAACAGCACGUGUUUACUGACCCGUGAGUGUAUUACCAGCUCUGUUGGUGUCACGGGCUGUUCUGAGAGGUGGGCAACCUGGACCCAUGUUUCCUGGGGCAGGCCUCUUCUUAAGGCCCAGGCUCUAGAUGCUGUUGCCCUAGAGUUCCAGGCAUGUCCAGGAUAUCCACCCUGCUUGGACUACCUUGUCUGAUCAAAGAGAAGGCAGCUCAACACAGAGUGAAGCUGAAUACUGGUUCCCACCACUACUUUUCCUGACAUAGAUCAGGUGUUCAGACUGGUAUGGCUGUAGACAUUGCUUUUCUUAUGAGACAGGGCUUCUUAAUUAGCUGGUGACUCACUAAACGAAACCUUCCCUGAAACUCACCUCCAGGUAGCAGUCUGUGACUGAGAGCAUGGAGAAAAACUAAUGCUUUUAACAACUAUUUUUAAAUCUCAACUCACUGAAUAGUAAACCAAGUAAACUCAGAUGCUAGAGGUUUCACUGAGUUUCUCUUUGAAUUCCUCUUUGGCCAUAUCUGUAAGUCAGACAUGACAGGGAAGACUUGUCUACCCUUUGACUCUAUCACUUUCUAGAAUUUAUGUAGGUCAAGGUUGGUUUGCAGAGGGGGAUUGCCUGUGUGCGUAACUACACAGGAUACCUCAUGUGAACCCUUCAUGAUUUCAGAGGUGCUUCAGUGACGGAGCACGUCCUUGAGAGGGAGUUGGCACACCCCCUAGAUGGAGGUCAGUUUCAUCUGCGGAAGGACUUCUGGCUUUGCCCCUCCUAACACACUAAGGAACUGGAGCCCCACUCACUGCACUUACUGUUCAUCAUGUCUUUGUCGUCAGAUGCUAAAAUGUCUUUCUAAGUCAUCAUGAGCCAUGUGGCAUAGCUAGGUCAUUCGAUUUGAAUUGAGGAUUUGGUCUCUGUACUAGGCCGACUAGAGGAACAUGGUGUGUUGGUAAUCAUGGUGACUGUCAGCUUGAUGGCCAUUGAUGUGCAUGCACUACACUGGGGCCUUGUAUCAGGCUUUUAUUAAAAAAUAAAAUAACAUGUAUAUGAGUCUUUUAUUAAAGAAAUGACAUU